AUGGGCCUUUCUCGAUCCCCUCGCCCGAAGGACAACCGCAAGCGGCUGAAGGCCCUCGUCCUGGAGGAGACGGCGGGCCCGCGGGCGGACGAGGCGGAGGCCCCCGCCGAGGGCGAGGGGGCGAGAAACGCCCGCGUCCCGGGCGGCGUGAUGGCGGAGGCGGGCGUCAGCCCGGGGGGGCUGCCGCUGAAGACCCUGGCCUGCCGCAUCGUGAUCUCCGCGGACUCCGUGAAUGUCGACCCCGACAUCUUCAACUCGGUGCACGGCAACGGCCUGGUAUACGACGGGCGCCUCAUCGUGGACCAUAACUUUAAGACCACGGACGAGGCGAUCUUCGGAGCCGGCAGCCUCUGCGAGUUCAGCCGCCGCUUCCAGCGCAAGAACGCCAUGCGCUACCUGCGCCACGACGGCUUCAACGGGCGCGAGGUGGGCGCCAAGCUGGCGAGGGCGCUGCUGCGCGUCCUGGACCCGGUGAACGGCGACCCGCCAGCCCCGGGCGGCGCCGCACACGCCCCAGACCAGGCCGCCCUGGCGGGCGUGACGCCAGGCACGCAGCCAUCCCAGGCGGGCGAGGGCCAGGAGCUGGCCCUGUUCGAGGGCCUCGACAGCGAGGCGGCGUCGCCCGACCUGCUGCCGGAGUUCUUCAUGCCCAUCGCCAAGGGCGGAUUCCUUCCCGGCGGCCUGCACUUUUACCGCAUUCGCUCCUGCAGGCGCGGCGAGCUCGAGGCCGCGCAGGUCGAGCCGAGACCCGAUCAGACCAUAGUCACCGACACCCUCGACACGAACAACUGGUCGGGGCACUACUGCCAGCUCACCAUCGACAGCUUUGGCAGGGUGGACUCCAUUGCAUAUCUCGGCUACGAGGAGCUCCAGGUGGAGUCGCUAUGGAGCCUGGUCGGCCUCAGCGAGACGUUCCUCAAUCACUUGUUCGUUCGCUGGCAGUCUGGCGACAUCCCAGACAUUGUCGAAUUCCUGACCGACGAGUGGGCCACGGCACUGUUCCACGACCGCUUCGCAGAAUUCUGCGACCAGAUCAAGGUGGAGAUGAGGUCGCAGGAGGAAGUCCGCAAGAUCAUCGACGAUGCGCUGCGCACCGUGGACCUCAAGGAGGGACUCAGCCGUGAGCUGCUGGCACAGAUCCGAGCAAAUCUACCCAAAGAGAGCGUCAAGGCCAUCCAGGACCACCUCCUAGACUACCUGCGCGAGAACACCAACCACCUUAGAGCUUAUUUCUUGCCCGAAAACUGGGCACCUGAGCCGAGGUGA